AUGAAUAAUUACUCUUUGGUUUUGGAAUAUGCUGAUAAUGGGACAUUAAAGACAUACCUAGAUGAACAUUUUAAUGAACUUGAAUGGAAUAAUAAAUUUGAUUUUGCAUUACAAUUGGCAAAUGCUGUGUUGUGUUUACAUGAAUGUGAUAUUAUUCAUCGAGAUUUGCAUGCAAGUAAUAUACUUGUUCAUCAGAAAAGAAUCAAGUUGGCAGAUUUUGGAUUAUCAAAAAAGAUUGCUGAAGCAUCAAAUAACACAGUGGAAAUAUUUGGUGUUAUACCUUACGUUGAUCCAAAAAGCUUUAAUAAUCAAAAUAAUCAAAGUCAACAUUAUAAAUUAAAUAAAAAAUCCGAUAUAUAUAGUAUUGGAGUUAUUAUGUGGCAAAUUUCAAGUGGACGUAAACCAUUUUAUGAUGAAGCUGUAAAUUAUGAUUUGAGUUUAGCAUUAGCUAUAAAGGGAGGAAAAAGAGAGGAAAUUAUUGACGGUACGCCUAUUGAGUAUAUUAAUAUAUAUACAAGUAAGUUAUUCGUUAAAUUAUUAUGA